AUGGAGCAAAUGAAGUUGCAAGGAACGCUGGAGGACCAUAACGGAUGGGCCACACAAAUUGCGACAACCACACGAGAUGAUCGCACAACUGUCAUUUCAUCGUCACGAGAUAAGACAAUGAUCAUUUGGGAUGUCGACAGCUCUUCCGUGAACGAAACUGGACACGCUGGACGACCACUGAAGGGGCAUGGGCACUUCGUUUCUGAUGUGUGCAAGUUCACCAUUCAGGAGGAUUGCCACACUGAUUGGGUGUCGACUGUGCGCUUCUCGCCAAACGUUCGGGAUCCGGUGAUCGUUUCGGCUGGAUGGGAUAAAGUGGUGAAAGUGUGGAAUCUCGGACUUGUCCAUGUAGCCGGUCCAUCAAAAUUUCUAGAAGAAAAGCCCUGUAAAGCCAAUCAUUUGAAUUAUAUGAUCGUCGAGCGUGCAAUGUCUGCGAUUGAGAAAAUGAAAAUUGCUGAACCGAAGUUAUGGUCACGUCUGUUGACUGAAAGCCUCAACGACUCGAAAGGCACUCAUGUUGUGGUUGGCAUUGAAUGGGGAUGCAAUGUGAUCGUUUCACUCGAUUUUGAUUAUUUGAGCCUCGAGGAAAGCUUCAAGGUCAAGGUUUUCACCGACGAUCCAAAUCCAACCGUUGCUAGCCCUCGGACCCUCAGUGGAACGUUGAGAACUUUGCAAGAGGCCGCACAUCACUCGGACAACGGUAAAAGGUUUCCCAUAAACUACCUUUUGCUCGAUUUGAAGAGCCUCUUCAAAGAGCUGAAAAAGCCUCAUGAAGCGGAUGCAUCGUUCAAAAAACUUUCCAAAAAACAGCUUGAGCGUUUGACAAUAACAAUGAUUGAUGCAGAGAGUCAAUUCGAACUGAUUGAGCAAAUGGGUCGUUUGAUGGAACGUCGGCUCCGGGAGCUUUCAAAAGAGGAACUCAACGAGUUCAUGGCCUACGACGAGCAAUGUGCAACGAACAAAUUAACUUUGGUAAAAGCUGUGAAAGAUCUUCUCCCACAAGCUCGAGGCAACAAUGAAGAUGCGCGGGAAGAGAUCGUCGAGAUUUCACUGAAAGAAUACAAUGAAUGGGCUACGGUGAAGGGUGUCGAAAAGUUCCACGAACGCUUCGCGAACAUGAUUGUCGCACUCGGAUUAUCUGAAGCUGAAGUCGGAUGGGAAAAGUUUUUUUGUACUCUUCUACUCGCUGAAGAAGAUCUGGAACCAGAACAGUCAAGCCCUGAGCUCGAAUAUGAUCUGGGAAAUAAGUUCUACUGCGGGUGUGGCGCCUGUGAUGUUACGAGUUUCACUUUCCGUUGCUGCAAUGAUUUUCACGGAAAUGAAUUUCUUGCCUUUGAUGAGCAACGACUCAAACGCUACUUAUCCACAUUGACUCCCUAUGAGAGGAUAAACAUUCUGGUAAUCGGCAAGACUGGUGUGGGAAAGUCGACGUGGAUUAACGCGACGGCCACCUAUAUUUCUCACGAUACACUCGAGGCAGCUGCCGCCAACGAGUUCACUCAUUUGAUCCCCUUUCAGUUCACCACCACAAAUGUUACACCUGAGAAAACGGACAUCAUUAAGAUCAAGAUCGGCGAUGACAAGAACGAAGUUUACAGAGAGAAGAUGUCAUGCACGCAACAUCCCCGGGCUCAUUAUUUCAAAAACAAUGAUCAACGCCGGGUUUACUGCAUUGUCGACACACCAGGCGUCGGCGAUUGUCAGGGAAUCGAAAAGGACAAGGAGAACAUGCAAAACAUCGUGAACUUUAUGGGCAAUUUGGGCGAAAUCAACUUGAUUUGCUUCUUGUUGGACCCAAAUGAAGCACGACUCGAUCCACCUUUCGAGUUCUGCUUCAAGGAGCUGAUUAUGCAAUUCCAUCGUUCAGCCAUCCAUAACAUUGCCUUUUGUUUCACAAAAGCUAGCGGUGUAGGAUAUAAGGUAUCAGAGACAAUCGUCCCGCUACAAACCCUAGUCAACGAGAUCAAAGAAAGACAAAGAAUCGAAAUUGUGCUAAACGACAAGAAUCUCUUCGUUUUUGACAACAUCGCCUAUCGAUAUUUGGCCUAUUUGCACAAAAUGGAAGAACCCGAAAAGGAUCAAGCCCUUCUCGAUUUGUAUGCUCGGAGCUAUAAAGUGUCGGCAAAUGAAACGAAGAAGAUGCUCGAUCAAGCCCUACAAACACCGCCACAUCGAGUCGAGGACACCCUUCAUCUCAAUUACACGAGAAGAAUCGUCAAGGAAUUGGCACUACCAUUAACAAUGAUUGGAACAAAAGUUGUUGAAACGAUUAACGAGAUCAAGGCUCAAGAAAAGAGAGCUCAAGAAAAUCGGGGAAAGGAGAGCGAAAUGUUGAAAGUGUUGAAAGUAAAGGUUCAAUUCUAUCGCUUCAAGAUGACUUAUGUGGAUAAGAUGGUUUGCAGUAAUUGUACAACUCAAGUGGAGUUCACUGGGGUCGAGAGGGACAAGGUGAUCGAAGCGGAUCCAAGUCUAGCCACACAAAACCCGGUGGUGAUGGUGAGCGGUGGGCACGCUGGAAAGGUUGACGGUAAAUGGACAUGCAAAGAAUGUGGACCGAAUUUUCCCCAAGUGAUGGUCGAUCGUUCUUUUGCCAAAGUCUACGAGGAUCGAGAAGAGAUCGAUGAAUGUGUUCAGAAGCGAUUGAAAGAAGCAAUAGAUGACCGUGAACGUUGUCAAAUUCUGAUUCAACAAAAAUCUUUGUUAAAAGAUGAGUUGGAGCAAGAGAUGCGAUCGAUUCAAAAGGCGGCUGCUCGAUUUGGUGUUUUCCUGAAAGAAAACUCGAUCACCGCCUACAAUGAUAUCACUGAACAGUAUUUGUUGAUACUCAUGGAUCUACAAAAGAAACAGGGUGCCCGACGAGGUGCACGGUAUGAGAGUCUCGCCAAAAUGCUUGAGAUUCACAAAAUAGAGGUGGCCAUCCUCGAACAGCACAUGAACAAUAAUUUGGGGAAUUUGAAGAAGACCUCAUCGGAUGAUGUGAUCAAAACGGCGGAGGCGUUGAAACAAUUGAAGCACUAUGGAAAGGAUAUUCAUCAAGCGUUGGAAGGAGUGAAACAAUGGGUGGCCAAGGGUGGAGACCUCGAACCGCCAAGCGUCUACAAUCCAAGCCGUCAAAAAAAUCGUUUCCUCAACUUUCUUCCCAACUUCGUCACGAAACGUUUU